AUGACGAAUGUUUUGAAGAAUUUGAGUAUUGGGAACGCUAAAAAUAUUCAACCAGCUGCUGCCAUUCAAAGUGAUGAUGUCUCAUGUGUGUUUUGUGGAGAAUGGCAUGUGUUUGAGAAGUGUCCAUCUAAUCCGGAGUCCGUUUGUUACAUGGGAAAUCGGAAUUUUAACAGAAACAAUGGGGCAUUCUCAAAUUCUUACAAUCAAGCAUGGAAGAAUCAUCCUAAUUUGUCUUGGGGGGGUCAAGGAGCAAGCUCAAGCACCGCACCAGCCCAAGGAAGACAAGCAUAUCCACCGGGUUUUUCACAACAACCGCGACAUCCACAACAUGCUCAAAAUUCCCAACCAAGUUCUUUGGAGAGUCUAAUGCGGGAUUAUAUGGCAAAAAAUGAUGCGGUGAUACAAAGUCAAGCUGCCUCUUUUCGAAACUUAGAGUUGCAACUUGGACAUUUGGCCAACGAAUUAAAAGCUAGGCCGCAAGGUUCUUUGCCUAGCGACACGGAAAAUCCAAGGAGGGAUGGGAAGGAACAAUGUAAAUCCAUUCACUUGAGGAGUGGCAAGCAUCUGAAAAAUUCCGAGGAGGAAAUAAAGGGUAGUGGGGAGCCCACUUCAAUCCAAAACGACGAAAAAUUGAGUAAAAAAACUGCCCAGGAAAUUGCUGAUACCAGACCAGUUGAUACAUCAUCGGGUCAGCAAUCUGACAGUCAGCAAUCCGCACCAGUAUGUACUAAACCACCCCUUCCAUUUCCUCAAAGAUUUCGGAAACAGCAGCAAGAUGGGAAAUUCAAGAAGUUUUUAGAUGUGUUGAAGCAGCUCCAUAUCAAUAUUCCCUUGGUGGAAGCAUUGGAGCAAAUGCCGAACUAUGUCAAGUUCUUAAAAGACAUUGUGACGAAGAAAAGGAGGUUGGGGGAGUUUGAAACUGUAGCUCUCACCGAAGGAUGCAGUGCCAUGUUAAAAAGUAAGAUUCCACCGAAGUUGAAGGAUCCGGGUAGUUUUACAAUCCCUUGUUCUAUUGGGGGGCGGGAUGUUGGAAGAGCUUUAUGUGAUUUGGGUGCAAGCAUCAACCUCAUGCCUAUCUCAAUCUUUAAGAAGUUGGGUAUUGGUGAAGCACGUCCUACAACUGUUACAUUGCAACUUGCUGACAGGUCCAUGGCCCAUCCGGAAGGAAAAAUAGAAGAUGUUCUAGUGCAGGUUGACAAGUUCAUUUUUCCAGCCGAUUUCAUCAUCCUAGACUAUGAAGCUGAUAGAGAUGUGCCUAUUAUCUUGGGUCGACCGUUCCUUGCUACCGGGAGAACUCUGAUUGAUGUGCAAAAUGGGGAGCUCACAAUGAGGGUGAAUGACCAAAAAGUCACCUUUAAUGUGUUCAAUGCUAUGAGAUUUCCGGAUGAGAUAGAAGAGUGCUCCCGCAUAAGUGUAAUUGACUCGAUAGUGGCUGAAAAAUUUCACAAGGAAGCUUGGAAGGAUGAGAAAUUUAUAAGUUCUUUUGAUGAGCUUGAAGACUUGAGAAGAUGA